AUGAUAGUCAAUGUUCUCGAACUCGUUCGCCGCCUUGCUCCGGAUAUUCAAUCACAGUUUCCGCACUGCAUCGACGUUCAUAAGUGGCGUGAUACAUCAUGGCGCUUUUCACGACUCGAGAUCUACCACGAAGAUGCAUUGAAGGAAUUGCUGGAUCGUCUAGCAGCGCAGAUCUGUCAACAAGGACUAGAUGGAUUCCCCAUUGCACGCCAACCAGAGUCGAUGCGAAACGCUGUACAACAGUACAUAUCAGUAUACAAACUGACUCCUGUUGAGAUUGAAACGGUGGAACAGGGUGCGUUCUGGACUGAUGCUGUGAUUGGUACCCUAAUCCUGCUGCGAGGCUUAAUUGCCGGCGGAGUCAUCGGUCACGCCCUCUGCCAGAAACGCUGGCGGGUAAACUAUGGGCGAAAGAUGAGCCAGCGCCUCGGUCGGAGUUCAGUCAUCCGGAUGUUGUCAUUGUGUUACGACUACUCAGGCUUGGGAGAUACAUAUCUCUUUGACUUGUUGGCUCUACUGAAACAAGAUGGUCAAGCCACAUCCGAAUACACAUUGUGGGUUCAAUAUGCCCCAACUUUACCGCUUGCAUACGCCGAUUUGACUGGUGUCAACUUGCGAGAUCGUGUUCAAUGCAAGACAGAAAUUUUCCAACAUCUGAGAUACUCUGAAGGUGCCAUUGACUACUUCUUGUCGCGAGUAGUGUACACAAAGGAGAUGAAGGAGUUCCCACACAAACUCUCAGCAUCCGUCUGGGAUUUGGGCAAAGUCAAAUCGCACCCUACCACUGGCUUUAGCGGCACUAACGAUACGCGAUACGUUCUACCAGCCGCCGUCAAGCAGCUCGAUCUCCCGGAACAGAGGCACACAAAUACCUUGGUCUUGAGCUACUUGAUUAUUGACCUUACGAAUCAAGAGGUUGCCCAACGAUGGUUGCACAUGCAUGAACCAGACGGCGACCGGACUCAGGCGGUGAUAUAUUUCGACAAUGACGAUGUUCUGUCUGUCAUGGAUCGUUUCGGCUGCAUUGAAUUACUUCAGGUUUCUCCUUUUGCCAAGCAAACGGACAGAUGCCUUGUGUUUCUUGAUGAAUCGCACACCCGAGGCAUAGAUUUGAAAUUGCCGCAAGAUUAUCGUGCUGCAGUCACAUUGGGCGUGAACCUGACCAAGGAUCGACUGGUGCAAGGUUUGGAAAAAUUUCAUCGUCGAUUGAUCAGUGUGCGUGAGAAACUAGAAACGCUGUUCCCCAAGGCUGAAAAUCGCUUUGACGGCACCGUUAAGUGUACGGGAACGAUUGUGAGGUGGAAUCUGGGUCUGAGGAACACGGCGGCUACACGCGCGCAGCCUUAUGUUCGAUAG